UGCCUGAUAAAGUUUGUCCAAUGGAGGUGUCUGGAAGACGAAUGCGCUCUGAAUUAGAGCUAGCAUCCGACAAAGUUUGCCAUCCGUGCCAGCCAUGUCAAUUUUCAGGAAAACCGACGGUUUCGAAGGGUUUUUGCAAAGAAUGCGAGGAAUUUAUAUGUGGACAAUGUAUUAAGUACCACCAAAGUCUGAAAGCGACAAGAGGUCAUACUAUUUUGACAGCAGAGAAAGAUUUUAUACUUCUAGGACAAGCCCAAAGCAAAAAUUGGAGCGUAAAGUGUGAAGAACAUGAAGAAGAGAAAGUUAAGUUUUUUUGCCCAAAUCAUUCAAGGCUUGGAUGUAACGUUUGCAUGGUUUUAGAGCAUAAAACCUGUGACGUAGCCUAUAUUCCAAACGUUGCUAAGGAUUUUCGGGCAAGCGACGCUUUCCGCAAAUUUUCAACUCAACUAUCCGAAUUCGAAACUGAUGUUGAAACACUAAGGCACACAGUGAACAAGAAUGAGAAGAACGUAGAAGCUUUCGCUUUGAAGGAAAUAGAAAAUCUGAAAAGGUUCCGAGAUGAGAUCAAUGCUAUUCUUGAUGAAAAGGAAAUUACUUUGCUAGAUAGGAUAAACAAUUUUAAAAGGAAGGAUGAGCACACGUUGGAACAUUCAAACCAAUGUUUACAAACGAUUCGGUCAGAUUAUGAAACACUGCAGAAGAUGUUUCAUGACGAGCCAAAGGAUGACAUCAAGUUGUUUGUAUCUUGCCAUCUAGUACAGCAAAAACUCGAGAUGCUGCAAAAUCAACUGCAAAACAUUUUCUUAGAGAGCAAAGAGAUUCAGGAAUAUCAAUUCAAUAAAGAUGAAGAUUUGUUAACUUUAUUAAAGUCACCGACUGCAUAUGGAACAGUAGCGUUAAAGACGGAGGGUAUUGAUCGAGAGUGGCAGGAACAUUUGCUGAACAAUAUAAAGCAAGGACUUGAUUCUGUCUUAUUGCUCGAAGAAAAGGCAAAAAUAAAGCAUGGUGCUACUUGUGACGGAUGCAAUAUGCGAAUUGUCGGACUACGUUACAACUGUAUAACUUGCCCGGAUUAUGAUUUGUGUCAGGCGUGCUUUGACAAAGCAGUACAUAUUGGACAUGAUAUGAAGCAAAUUUCCUACCAAAGCCAUGGUAUUGGACGUAGCCUUACCGGCAACUUUGUGCAUCGAGGGCUUCAUUGUGAUGGUUGCAACGCAACACCAAUUAUUGGAACUCGUUACAAAUGCAUGUCGUGUUACGAUUACGAUUUGUGUGACGGUUGCAUGAGUAAACGAGUUCACCCUAACCACAGCUUCAAAAGGAUCACAGGAUUCGAAAAACUGACUACGCUACAACAAUCAGAGUUUAUGGGACUGGGUAUUUCCCAUUCGGCUUCAACACUUAGGGGGAAUAUGGGAAGAAGACCCAGACAGAAAAGAGGUGGAAGACCAGGGUUUUUCUACUGAAGUUGUCAAAAAGAUCAUGUAGGAUCUAAACUAUUUGCAAGCCACAUAAUUGUGUCGGGUCAAUAUAAAAUGAAUCUGCUUCCAUCAAUUGAAUCCUUACUGUAUUUUUUGUUAUCCUCCAUACUGCAAAACAUCAACGAACCUAAAUUACUUCAAACAUGUAUUAUGAUUGUUUUGAAAUGUUUUGCCUGUUUGUUUGUUUUGAUCAUUUUGUUCAAUUUCAAAAUUUCUUUAGUUGCGUUUAAUUGACACAAACUGUGUUUAAAUCAUUGAAAUAAGUUUUCUAAAGAAGACAAUUGUAUUUGCUAAAUUGUACCGUAUUUGUGAAAUGUGAAACUGAAAGUUGUUACAUUAUAAUGUUCUUAGUCAUUUAUUGGGAUGCCUAACGAAUGAUUACCAGCAAAGUUAGUUGCUUAAUUACACUUUAUAACUAGUAUAAUCAGGUGUGUGUGUGUGGGGGGGGGUCAAUUCAGCACGCAUAAUGCGAAACAAUAAGUAUAAUGCCUAAUGAUCAAGAAUGAUUCAUUAAGAUGGCCACGUCUAAAAUUUGCUCUGGACUCGCAUAGUUUUAUGGAUUUUCGCAAUUAUUCUGUUAAAAAAGGUGAACUAUUUUGGGAAUAUGUGUUUGUGGGAGCUGUGUUUAGUGAGCUAUGGGAAAAUCUGGCAGGAAUAAAGUGUCUAAACGUAAAAAGGGUAGCAGUACGGAUGAAUAGUUUUUAACCCCGAGUAAAGUGUUCAAAAUCGGAAGCCCGGUAGAUAAUAAAGAGGGUCAAAUCUCAGUAAGUGAAAUUUUGAAUCAAACAAACACUGUACUUUUUGAUGAGUCUGCUGUAUUUAACGAAAGCAAUUGUGAAAGUUCAAGCGCUUCAGAUAAAAUCAUUAAUAGCCCAAUUGCUACGAUGGCCAGUAACGCGCCUUCGGUUAUUUCUAAACAUUUUUAAACGUGUUGGAGAAGUUUCAAGGUCAAAUUAACCAAAUCAACGUAGAAGCCAGACUAGAAACACUAAAUACUAUGGAGAAAAAGGCUGACGAUUUUGUUAGAGAUUUGAAGAAGCUAUAGACCUUGGUGCAUGAUUCAAAUACACGUUUGAUGAGAAAAUCAAUACCAUUGAUGAAAAGGUUGAGCAUCUGGACUUCCGGCAAUCGAAAAUACAGUCAAAUGUAGAAGCUUUAGAAAAACAAAAUUUAAGGAUGAAAAACGAGAUAGUUUAUAUGAAAUCGCAAAGCAUGAGAAACAAUUUGAUCUUGGGUGGAAUUGAAGAGGGUCCGGAGGAGAAACAAGCUGAUAUAGGUUCGUGAAUUCCUAAACUUUAAACUAAAUCUGGCACAGGAACUGGUUACUGCAAUGAAGAUUGAACGUGCUCAUCGUAUCGGUGCUCAUAACCAGAAUGGGGGUAAUCCACGUCCUCGCAACAUUGUGUACAAAUUCACCGAAUUCAAGGAUCGCGAAACGGCCCGAAAGCAAUGUCGCCAGCUGAAAGGCACAACUUUCUUCUUAAGUGAGCAGUUCCCUGCUGAAAUCAUGGAAGCACGACGAAGGCUUUUACCUAAACUAAAGGCGGCCAAGCAAGCUGGAAAACGGACCUGGCUAGUGUAUGAUACGCUAUACGUUAAUGGGAGUCCGGUAACAUCUGACUAGGAUACAUCGGAGAAUGAACUAAAAAUACUUGUCUGGAAUUGUAAUGGUCUAAAGGAAAAUAAACUGUCUGACGAAGAUUUUCUUAAGAUAUUUACAAAACAUAAUGUUGUAAUUUUAUCUGAAUCAUGGACUAAUUCUGGCUCUAGUUUAAAGGUUGAAGAGUUUAAGUGCUAUAAUGUUUUUAGAAAAUAUAAACAUAAAAAGGAAAAAAAAAACAUAGUGGCGGCAUAGUUAUUUAUG